CAAAAUUUAAACUCCCAUCUUCCUCAGAGGAGUUAAUGUCGUUGCAAAAUAGUAUCUUCGAAUUCAAAUAUCACUGCUUCCCUCCCAUUCCAAAAGCCCUAAUUCACAACCCCCAAAUUCAAUCUUCCGAUGGCCGAUCAGCGUCGCAAACCCCCAAAACAACCCCAAACGACCUCCAAAAAGCAAUGGUCUCUCUCCGAUUUCGACGUCGGCAAACCCCUCGGCAAAGGUAGAUUCGGCAGAGUGUAUCUAGCUCGCGAAAUCAAGAGAAAGUAUAUUGUGGCGUUAAAAAUUAUAUUCAAGGAGCAAAUUGAGAAGCAUGGGUUGCAGCACCAGUUGCGGAGGGAAAUGGAGAUCCAAAGCGCCCUUCGCCACCCCAAUGUGCUGAGGCUUCACGGAUGGUUUGACGACAAUGAGAGAAUUUUCAUGAUUUUGGAGUACGCUCACGGCGGCGAGCUCUACAGAAGGCUUCGAAAAGUGGGACGCCUCACCGAGACACAGGCUGCCACGUAUAUAGCUAGUCUCACAGAGGCUCUGUUGCACUGUCACCAAAAGCAUGUCAUUCACAGAGACAUCAAGCCGGAAAAUUUGUUGCUUGAUCAUGAGGGUCGGCUCAAACUAGCAGACUUCGGUUGGUCUGUACAGUCCAGAAGCAAAAGACACACUAUGUGUGGAACCUUGGACUAUUUAGCACCAGAAAUGGUAGAGAGAAAGGCGCAUGACUAUUCUGUUGACAACUGGACAUUGGGAAUUCUCUGCUACGAGUUUAUAUAUGGUGUCCCUCCAUUUGAGGAUGAAAGCCAGAUGGAUACACUCGAAAGGAUAAAGAAUAUUGAUUUAGCAUUUCCUUCUACCCCUGGUGUUUCAGCAGAAGCUAAAGAUCUCAUUAGCAGGCUUCUCGUGAAGGAUUCAUCAAAAAGGCUGUCCCUAGAGAAGAUCAUGGGACAUCCUUGGAUAGUGAAGAACGCCAACCCUAUGGGUAUCUGCCCAAAUUAGCACUAUGCUAUUUUGACUUAUGCUAUAAUUAUAAUGCAUGAUGGCUAGUUAUGUAUAUGAAGUAAGGUAAGGAGUGGUAGAUUUAGCUGUAACAUCUUUUAUUAUAGGGGUAUAAUAUUCUAUACUUGUAAUACUAUACUCAUUGUUUGGUGAGAUACAUUGAAGUUAAGUAAAUACUCUAUAUUAUAAGUAGUUAUAACUAUAAUUUGUAAUGCAGAAUCCCACAAUCAUUUA